UUGUACAUCGCAUCUCAUUAACAAAAGAAGCAAUUUCAUUAGCUUUUAUUUUUUUAUAUAUACCCCUAUAUCUCUCUGUCUGUAAUUAUCUCCGAAAAAAAUAAUAAUUUAUUACUGUUACUCCACGUGUGAACUUUAAGGCCGUGUUUUCGUCCCGGCGUUUUAUUCCGUGGGUUUUUUUGGUUUGUUGAGAAGGCGUUGAAGAAGAGGCAGCAGCAGCAGAGGAAGAAGAAGAAGGCGCUCGCGCGGUCCGUCGCUCUUUGUUCAUUCAUUCAUUCGGGGUUUUCUUUGUUGCGCGUGAAUUUUGGUGAAAGCAUGGGAGCUCAAGUGGCUAAAAACGGUGCAAAAGAGGAAACCGCUGCAGAAAAAGCAAACGGACAGGAAAACGGGCACGCUAAGACAAACGGCAAUGCCUCCCCUACGGCAGAUGGAGCCGCUGAGGAGGUCCAGGCCAACGGCAAACACGCCACCGACGGCGAGGUGAAGGCCGAAGACGGAACGGCCGAGAAGCCGGCGGAGGAAGGCGCAGCCGAAAGCGCCCCGGUAGCCAACGGCGAGGACUCGAGCAAACCUGAAGAGAACGGCGCCGCGUCAGGAAGCAACGAGCCUGCCAAGCAGAAGAAGCGGUUCUCCUUUAAGAAGCCGUUCAAACUCAGCGGCUUCUCCUUUAAGAAGAGCGCCAAGAAGGAAGCCGAGGCAGAGGAGGCGGCCGCUCCAGCCGAGGAAGGCGAAGAUAAAGCCGAGUCCGAGGAGGCCAAGCCAGAGGCGUCUGGAGGAGAGGAGAAAGAGAAAGAGGAAGCAGCCGAGGGGGCCAAAGCCGAUCAGCCGAGUGCAGACGAGGAGAAAAAAACAAGUGAGGAGCAAAAGCCCGAGACGCCAGCAGAAGAGAAACCGGCCGAAGCCGCAGCCGAAGAGCCAGCAGCAGCAGCCCCGGCACCAGCCGAGAGCUCAGAUGCUCAACCCGCUGCCGCUGCUGCUGCUGAAGAGUAACACGGUUCACCAGAUGAUAACGGCUUUUUAAUGAAGUAAUAAGGAGCUGAACCACGGAGGCUUUUUGUACAAAAAAACCCUACCAAUGACCUUUCAAAGUUGUCUUAAUCCCUGUCAUAAUUAGUCCGUUCCUCCUCCAUCCGUCGUGUCUCCGUGGUGCUCCAACGAAGGAUCUCUGAUUGUAGCAUGAAAGGCACCGUGCUUCAAUUCCUACAACUGUGUUUGUUACAGUAUUGCGUGUGUGUGUGUGAGAGAUGUGUGCAUAUGUGUGAUGCAGUUUUGUUUUGUUUUUUUUUUUCCUUUUCAACUUUCAUACCUGUAAACCUUUUUAGGAAACUGCAAUGUUAGUUGAAGUAAUUGGUGCCAUAUGAUUUAGUUUUUGUUUUGUUUUUUUCCAGUGCGUGUUCGGAAAGCGGUGCUACCAAAAAAAGCAAACGAGGCGUGUAGACGAAUCCCAGAUCAAAUUCCGCUCGGUUUUUACACGUCGCACAAAUCGUUCAGAACGGGUGCUCAGAUAUUACACCAGCUGCACCGCUCCACUUCCGGCAGCACUGUGUGCUUGUAUAGGCUUCGUCAUGUCUUUAAAUCUUUUUAAAACUUUUUUCAGUCCUGUAGGUAAAAGUCUGACCCUCUUCUAACCCUGCUGUAGAUCCAACCUGUUGACCUGUGAUGACUAAUACAGUUAGAUUUUUUUGUUUUUUCCUCUGAUGCUGUGCAAGUAUAUAUAAAAGUUGCCAGUGCAAUCAAAUAGAUUACAGUUUGCUGUAAAUACUCAAGGUCUGACACUACCUGGUUUUUAAACGGAAUGUAACUUUGCAUACAGAAGUAUGAAUUCAACUUCAACGGGCACAAAAAAACACAAAUAAAGGAUUAAAAAGAA